GUUGUUGCGGGAUCUUCCGCCACCACUCUGGUGCUUGCAGCAUCCUGCGAUACUUUGGCUAAGGAGGAGUUCAGCUUUAAGGGGGCGUUCCCAAACCUGUCCAUCAAUCUCCCUUAGGCUCCCGAACUGAAGAAAUACCCCCGACUCCCUACUCCCUUCUCCAGUCCUCACCAUCUUGUUCUCUUGGAAAGAGCUGGACAGAUCUUCUUCAAGAGGAGCUGCGCUUUUCUGACUCCCGGGCUCGGGGGUUCCCGACGCUGCUCUUGGUCCCUGCUGGGACCUGAGCUGUCCAGCUUGAAGAUCUGAUACCUCUCCUCAUUAUCUUCUUGUCACUGGUGUCAUCCCUGUCAUCACACAGAUACCUGAGCUCUCCAGAAAUAACCAGAAAAUAACCUCUCAGGUGCAUUGUUACCUGUUUUUACCUUUUGAUGGGAAUGUGAAAUAUGUCCCCCCCUCCCACUCUUUCUGCUUUUCCUGAUAAUUCUCUUUGAAAUUAUCCUGAGUUGAAGAUUGACUUUUAACCCAAUAUCAUUGUUGAUUUAAUCAGCAAGAUGGACAAGUGCUAAAAGGUUAUGCAAGAUUAUCGAGGAAAAUGAAGAGCUUACAGCCAGUUUUUGUAAACAUACUUUACAUGAAGAUUGAACUUCUAUAAAGAAAGAUAACCAAUUAGCACCAAAAUGAAUUACACAUUGUUUCCCUCUUUUUUCAACGAAUCUUUUCUUAACCAUACAGACACCCACCCCCCAUAUGCACCCAUUGAAGAGAAUAAAUGCCGUGUACCAGUAACCAUGGUAUUUACAAUGGCAUUAGCUUAUGGCAUUGUCAUACUCCUUGGGGUCUCUGGAAAUCUGGCCUUGAUAGGAAUUAUCCUAAAGCAAAAGGAGCUGAGAAAUGUGACCAACAUUCUGAUUGUUAAUCUGUCCCUUUCUGACCUUCUGGUAUCAUUUGUAUGUCUGCCCUUCACUUUUGUCUAUACCUUAAUGGAUCAUUGGAUCUUUGGUGAGGCCAUGUGCAAGCUAAACCCUUUCGUGCAAUGUGUCUCCAUCACUGUCUCCAUUUUCUCUCUGGUUCUCAUUGCUUUGGAGCGCCAUCAGCUUAUAGUCAACCCUCGAGGAUGGAGGCCCACAAAUAUCCAUGCAUUUUUAGCAAUUGCCCUGAUCUGGUUCCUCUCUGUGGCUGCCUCCCUGCCUUUUGUGAUUUACCAGGUGCUGACUGAUGAGCCAUUCCACAAUGUCACUGUCCCAACCUUCAAGGACAAGUACGUGUGUUUCGAUCUUUUCCCUUCUAAUGUGCACAGGCUAUCUUACACCACUAUUCUCUUGGUGCUGCAGUACUUUGGGCCUCUGGUGUUCAUUCUUGUCUGCUACCUCAAGAUCUAUAUUCGACUAAAGGAGAGGAACGACAUGAUGGACAGGAUCAGAGAGAACAAGCAUAGAGCCCAGGAAGCCCGCCGGAUCAACGUGAUGCUUUUCUCCAUUGUGGUGGCCUUUGCCAUCUGCUGGAUGCCUCUGACCAUCUUUAACACGGUGUUUGAUUGGAACCACAAAUUGAUCUCCAUCUGCCACCACAACCUGCUGUUCCUCCUGUGCCACCUGACGGCGAUGAUUUCCACCUGCGUCAACCCUGUCUUCUAUGGGUUCCUUAACAAGAAUUUCCAGAAAGAUUUGCAGGCUCUCUUUCGUUUCUGUGAUUUCAGGUCCCGUAACGAAGACUACGAGACCAUCGCUAUGUCCACCAUGAAUACCGAUGACUCCAAGGCGUCUGAUAGGCAAGCCUGUGGUGAGGCCUCCCAGGGUCCUGGGGAGGAAGAAGAAGUCUGAAGAGGAUCUGAAGUGGGUGAGGGUUACAGAACCCAGGUGACAGCUGUUUUAACACCAAGCACAACCUGUCACACAAUUCUGUAACCCUCUCCUCCUCUAGGAUGUGUGGCUUUGCCUAUAUUGUCUUGAUGGUUUAGUUGUGGCUGUAAUUGAAGUAAGCUCAGUAUGUGCAGAUCUUGGAUUUACUUGUGUCAGUUGUUUCUGUCCAAACUCUCAAUACUUACGGUUGUAUAACGUAUUUGUGAAACAAAUAUAGGAAUAUAUAAGACAUAGAUUACAUUUACUUCAAUGGAAUAUUUAACAAAAACUUGAUUAACAACAUAUAUAUAGAUAUAGAUAUUAAUAACAUCAUAAUAUUUUCAUUAAUGAUUCUACACCCUGUAAAGGAGACAAGAAGGACCAUCCUGAAAAGAGUUCAUUGACUUUGAAAUCAUAUAACGUAGACUACUGCAGAGGAGAUGCAACACUGGCAUCCAGAAUGUGAGAUUUUUUUUUUAGGAGAGAGAUUAUUUUUUGCCAGUUAAGACUGGUCUUAGUACCCAUCUAAAUAUCCAUGUCUUUAAUACUAAUUGAUUAGAUAGAAUCUGAUGCAA